CGCGCGCUGUGGCACGGACGUCCACGUCGGUUGGUCGGUCGGGUCGGUCGUCACCAGAAUCCUUCUAAAAGAGGUCCACAGUCAAGGUAUAUCAGUUACCUCCUCUACUACCAAGAUCCCUGCUGUCCCUGACACUAGCCGCCAUGCCCAGGGGACAGAAGAGUAAGGCCCGUGCUCGAGAGAAACGGCGCCAGGUGCUCAAGGAUACUCAAGCAACGGCAGCAGAAAAAGGAGAGUCACCUGCUUGCGCUGAUCAAGCUUCAGGAGAUGCUAAGCCAAGCACUUCUGCUGGCUUCCCACAGCAGUCUCAAAGCUCAGCCUCCAGCACCACUGCCAGCAAAGGAAUGGGCCCCAGAGGGUCUGGUAAAGGUGACCAGCGCCAAGGAAAUGGAAAGGAGAGUUCCUCUGGGGCUUUACUCUCCACUGGAAGCCUACAGAUGGAUCUUCUGACAAGGAAGACAGGAAUGUUGAUGGAGUACAUGCUCUGCAAAUACAGAGUGCAGCAGCCCAUGAGGAGGGGAGAGAUGCUCAAAGUUAUCAACAAAAGGUUCAAGGAGCACUUCCCUGAGAUCCUUAAGAAAGCCACAUACCGAUUGGAUGUGGUGUUUGGCCUUGAGUUGAAAGAAAUCCAGCCGAAUGGUCAAUCCUACAUGCUUAUCAGCAAGCUUGAUUUCCAGGAUGAUGGAAGUCAGAGCAGUGAGCUGUCUAUUCCUACCAGGGGCAUUCUGAUCCCUCUCCUAAGUGUGAUCUACUUAAAUAACUACUGUGCUUCAGAGGAGGAUGUCUGGCACUUCCUGAAUGUGUUAGGAGUCUAUGAUGACAUCUUACACCUCAUCUUUGGGGAUAUCAGGAAGCUCAUCACUGAAGAGCUAGUUCGCGAAGGGUACCUAGAAUACCAUCAGGUUCCUAACAGUGAUCCUCCAUCGUAUGAGUUCCUGUGGGGCCCGAGAGCCUAUGCUGAAACAAGCCAAAUAAAGGUGAUGGACUUUUUAGCUAAGGUCAGUGAAACCAUGCCUGGGGUUUACUUAUCUCGUUAUGAGCAAGCUUUGGUUGAAGAGGAAGAGAAAGCCAAAGCCGAAGCCGAAGCUGCAGCCAAGCCUGGCACUAAGGGCAAGGGCAAGGGACAUACUAAGACCAAGUUAAGCCAUCCUACUCACAAGUGAGAUAUAGGUAGCCUCUGCUGUAUGAUUGAAAAGGUCUGUUCAUCUUUUUGCAAAGAAGUUGUUGAUAAAGUUUUGGGGGUGUUUUAGCAAAUCGUUAACUUGGAGUUAGAAUAUAUAUAGAUAAAUUCUGUAGACUGUUCCUUCACUGUUGUUUACAAAGUUGAGUGCUCAAAAUUUUUGGAUCGAUUUGAAAUACAGUUUACAGUUUGAAAUGUUCUAAGAAUUUGAUGUUCAGUAAGAUACUAUGGAAUUAGAUUAA